CUGUGGGAAGAAACACGUGUUUUCUCCGCUGUCAAAAUAGGUUAUGUUAAACCGUUGACGAUGCGAAUAUGAUAACAGAUACGGCGUAAGAUUGCUCUUUAGUGUAAUACACAAUGCAAGCGUACCAGCUUUUGCACGCUGUUUUAGCAGUUUUCAAAGUUUGUGCUGUCAUUGGCAGCGAAGGCUAUAACAAGGCCCAGAACGACCAGGAAGAUGAAAGGCCACUUACUAGUCACGGCGGAUUUGACAAUGAGGAAAGAAUUUUGAUGGAUUCUGCAUUUGAACCGGAUUCACCGUACAAAACAUUGUCUCAGUUUGACUUUGUUGACGAUUCUAAUACAAAAAAUUCACAAAGCAGGAAGACAAAUAACAGCGUACCACUGAUUUUAUGGUGGACUCAAAAUUUGUUUCCACAUGGACUGGUGUCAGAUGAGGCGAAUCCUGCAGUUAUUCAGUGUGGACAGGACAAAUGUCUGUCGUCCACAAACAGGUCAUUGUUACUGGACUCAAGGACAAGAGGAAUCAUGUUUUAUGGAACUGACCUUGAUCCCUUUGAUUUGCCACUCCCAAGGAAAUCACGACACGAAUGGGCACUAUUGCAUGAAGAAUCUCCAUUAAACAACUUUAUGCUAUCACAUUAUCCUUUCAUAAAGAUGUUCAACCACACUUCUACAUUCCGACGGGAGUCUGACUACCCACUAGCUUCACAGUAUCUCUAUUCUCUUGAAUAUCUCAUCGAGAGGCCACCUGUUUCACUGGCUAUUAAAAACCAAUAUCGAAGUGCGCCACAUUUGUAUGCACCAGUUUUGUAUGUUCAGUCACACUGUGGUGUGGCUUCUGAUAGGGACCGCUAUGUUCAAGAAUUAAUGAAGUAUAUUGCAGUUGAUUCCUACGGCAAAUGUCUUCACAACAGGGAUCUUCCAGAGAGUAUGAGAAACCCUGCAGAGUCCUUUGAGAAAAAUGAAUUUCUUGACUUUAUUGCCAAAUACAAAUUCCACAUUGCUUUUGAAAAUGCCAUCUGCACUGAUUACAUGACAGAAAAACUUUUCAGAUGCCUCCAUCUGGGAUCUGUCCCAGUAUAUAUGGGAUCACCUCUGGCAAGAGAUUGGAUGCCAGAUAGUCAAUCAAUCAUCAUGGUCCAGGAUUUUAAGUCACCAAAGGAACUGGCUGAAUACUUAGAUUUUUUGGAUAAAAAUGACGAUGAAUAUUCAAAAUAUUUAAAAUUUAAGGAACCAGGAGGUGUCACAAACCAAUUUCUCAUUAAUCAUCUUGAGCAAAGGGAAUGGGAAAUGAAUAGCCAGGACAAUAUGGACUUCAUACUUGGGUUUGAAUGCUAUCUGUGCAAGAAACUUACUGAACGUAUGCGCAUGAAAAAGGCUCAUUUGCAUAAUAAGAACAUCCCACUUCUACCACCAAAAUUUGCAAACAGCAGCCAUCUCGGAUGUCCUCAGCCAUACACAUCAAUAGGUGAUCCACAAGAUGCACUAGAGGGUGACAGUUGGCUAGAAAUGGAUUGGAUUGGUCAGUAUUGGGGUGAUCUGGAUAAAGCAUAUGCUGUCAGAGACAUGAUGCUAGCCAAGGAGAAAGACUCUGCCAAAUUCAAUGAAUACUGGACGAAAUUUGUGGAAAAACAUGACAGAAAGAAAAAUUAACAUUCCAACCGAAUUUUAAGUGAUGAUGCAUUUUGUGCAAAUAUUUUACACACUGUUCAUUUUGUAGGUAUCACUUUGCUCAGUUAGAUAUACAGGAAUGAAAGGUGUGCGAAUGUGAAACACAUAAACAUGGAGAUGUAAAUACAGGUACUUGUUCAUGUAUGUCCAUGAUAACAUGUGCAUUGCUUCUGUGUAUUAAUCAAUAAAAAUGCUUAGACAUUUGGAAAGGCUGUAGAAUGUACAUGUUAAUUGUGAACUUUUUAUGUAUUGGACAUCAUAUUAAUUUACGCCUAGGCUGUUCUGAGUGAUGAAGAUAUUAAACCGGUGGUAUGCUGGCUUUACUGGAGACUGUGAAUGUUCUUGACAUGAUAUUAAUGAUAAUAAGGCGAUCAGGUGUUGUGUAAUAGUUUAUAGACUGACAUCAGAUAGCAGAUAUAUUAACUGUACUGGUAUCGUUAUUAAAUGAAGAAAGAUUGUCAGUCAUCAUAGUAUGUACAUGCAGGUGUUAGGCUAAUUCCACAAUGUUGGUACAUGUUAAAUACAAAAAUAAACUUGAAUUGAUUUAUACUUACUUAUGUGAAAUUAAGUCGUUUACUUAAAGGAAAAGACCUCUAAAAAUCUAAGUAGGCAUCACUAAGUAAACCACUUAAAACUAUGCGUAAAUAUACUUUCAUUUAUUUUUUUAGAUUUUUGUGAAAUGAGUUAAAGUCACUCAAACAUGUAACUUCUAAGGUGGGCUUUAAACACCAUACUACCAGAGGUUAGGAACUCUGAUGUCAAGGGAAGUUUAUCCAACUCUAAUCACAACACUGAAUGUUGGAAUAAUUCUUUUUAUCCAUAAGUGAAAGAUUACUGAAAUAAUGUUCCCAAAAAAUCUUUCUGGUGGACAUCAGGAAAAAGGGCGAUGUGACAUCAGAGUUGCUAGAUACCGUCACAGUAUGGCUCAUAAAGCCCACCAUAGUUUUCAAAUAUUCAAAUGCCUUUCAAGACUCAAAAAAAAAAUCUGAAAAAAUAAAUGAAAGUAUUUUUACACAUAGUUUUCAGUUGUCUUUAUGAUGAACCUUACUUCAUAUUUUAUCUUUCUUUUAUUUUAUUAUUAUUAAUUGUCGUUUCAUAACAAAACCUGUGUUGCUGUCAAUGAAUUAAAUAUCAUUAGCAAUAACUCACUGACUAAUAAUGUGACAUGUAUGAUCUGCAAAUUUAAGAUCAUUCAGAUUGUUUUUUAAUUGAAUUUGUGUGAAAUUUAUAGAAUAUGACCAAGAGUUAAUGCAUUAUGCAAGAACAUGCAUAACUUUAUGUUGUACUCAGUACUACAUUUCAGUGAAUUUUGAUUUAUAGUUUUUGACUUCAGGUAGUCAAAAGUUUACUGAUACUGAGUAAAAAUGUGUAAUCUAGUGUAUGGCGGUGAUGCAUAGGUUAAUUUAUGAUAGUGUUUUUCCAUGAUAAAUGUUUCAAAUCUAAAGCAAAACAGACAAUGCCAAAAUCAAGUUCAUUAUCACAGGUAAGACCAAUAAAACACCAUUUGAUAUUAAAUGUACCUUUAUUCCCUUCUUUACUUCUUAUUUUAGCAUUUCUGUUUGUGUUCCAAAAUAUAAAUACAAUUAAAUACAUGAGUCCUGCAUGUUUUAUAGACCAUAUUGAUAAUGAUAUUGAUAUGUACGUC